AUGGCUCAACCUAUGGGCCUCACGGCGGCCGAUAUGGAGUUCAGCGAGGCCACAGCAGAGCAACGGCAGCUCUCCUGGAGGCUGUGUGGCCAAAUUUGGGCGUCUCCCAUGUCCAUUGACGACUAUGUCCAGCGGGAGCAACACAUGGCGGACCAUGAGCUCAACCGGGAUGGUGGGUGCCAGUACUGGGUGCUCUACCUUAAGGGAUACCCGCGCCAAGUCAUCGCUAGCUGUGAAAUUACGCGCAAGCGGAUGCUCAUCUCGGAUGGCAAGGGGAGUCCUACCCGUGAAGGCUAUGGGUAUGCCAUCGCCAACGUGUACACCAACCCGUCUUAUCGCCGACAAGGGAUGGCCGCCUUCCUCCUCCGCCGGGUGCAGGAGCAGAUCGACACCAAUAGCGACUUUAGUGCGUCCCACCUCCCCAACCUCUGCGAGCGGGAUCAAGCCCAGCUCACCAGGACCUUCAAAGCGAUCCCGGCAGACGACCCCAAAACCCGCUUUGCCUUUCUGCCUACGCACGGCCAAAUCUCCUGGCACCUCGCGCGCGCAGCGUUCGACGCGAGCCGGCUCUUCCCGGGCAUCGGCACCACGGCCACGGCCACCCCCUCGCCCAUCAUCGGCGCCAUCACGGCGGACAAAUCCGCCUGGGCGCACUGGGCGCACGACUGGCGCAAGAAGCGGCUGCGCGUGCUGCGCGUCGUGCACGACGGCGACGGCGGCGGCGGCACCUCCAGAGGAGUGGAGGAGGCGUUUGCGGCGUUGCUGGCCGCGGCGGUCGUCGAGGCGCGCCGGUGGGGGUUCGCCCGCGUCGUGCUGUGGAACCCGGUCGAGGCCGUCCGCAUAGCCUGUAAGAGCGUGGGUAAUGCGCAGCCCGAGGGCGUCAAGGUCGUGUUCGAGGACCGCGUCGAGGGCUGGGUGCCCAGCCUGAGGUGGAAUGGGCCCCGUCCGGGGGGCGGGGUCGCGUGGGAGGAGCAUAAUGGGGUAUUGUUGGUGUUAAGCGUUUAUUUUGGGGGGGCAGGGAGUAGACGUUUAAGCGGCUGGGGGAUAUGGUUCGUUGGGUUGAGUCCAACCGAGGUAGCCAUGGUUACGUGGUGGAUGGAAUCCAUGGAUGGGGCACAGGCGUCAUGGCCGUUUCGGUGGUUUGGAAGAGGCAAUAUUCGGUGA